ACAUAUUCCUUGGAGGUGUUCCAUUCUUUGGUGAACCACUUCUGCCCAAAGAGCACCCACUUCUUUUACCCAACAAUGCUUGCAAGAUUGAGUAUUGCCGCUCUUCAUUAUAACGAGAACAGUGGGCGACAGCAAGCAAAAACCAAGACUGGGGAACAGCGUUUCAGUAUGUGUUACCCAAAGGCCAAAAAGGGUACUGAGGCAGUGGUCAAGCCAAAGAAGACUGCAACAACAUUUGUUUACGUGACACUUAUCAAACAGGCUGUAGUAGGGAGACGAAGAGAAGAGUACACAUCUUAUACAUCUGCUACUGGUGAUGUGCGUGUUUACAACAAUCACCAUCCAGAUCACAUGACAUCAACAUUCACCCCGUUCAGGAAGAUCGACCUUAUUCAGAGACACAAAUCACGAUUUCAAAGACAGUAAAUAAUGACCCAUCUCUUUUUCAACCACGAAAAAGAAAGAAAAAAACACUUCUUAUUCAAAUUUUAAAAUUUUAAUAGUUAAAUAA